UACAAAUGUCUCGUGUGACAGUGUCAGCUGAAGCAAGCUGAAGUUGGAUGGAACAACAAUGAGAUGGGUUACAUACUGUGCAAAAACAGAAUAAUGUUGUGUUGUUAUUUAAGUUCGAAUACAUAAAAUAAGUAAUAUAAAAAUAUUAAUACGCGUAUAUGAGAUCACCGGAGUCGCAGGUUCGGUAAAUAAAAAAUAUGACACCGACGUGGAACUCCAAGAAAGAUGAGAGCAUCUACAAGGCUGCAGGUGCCAUGCACCUGCGCAAGUACGGAGAGUUCUUUGAGAAUCUGUUGGAGAAGUCCUGGAAGGGUGAUUCAACGUUGGAAUACAUUAUAGAGGGUCCUCUGCGCCUGGUUUACAAAACGACAGAGGACAUUGGCAUCCUCUCCCUGGUGGAGAUGGAGAACAAGGUGCUGUCCAAGCUGCUGGCGGCGGUAGCGGGAACGUGCAGGGAAAUCAGAUUGCUGAAGGUGGAAGCCGCUGGCUUUUAUGCGAAGCUCUUCGCCCACGGGGAAAGGAUGGACGACGAUCUUGCCGGUGUAGCCAAACUACUGUCGGAUCUCCUGGAUCUGUCCGUUUUCACCAAUCGUAUGUCGGUCGUCGUGCACCUGACCACGCAACAGUUGGCGAGCCUAUCCGGCGCCGUCCACGAAAUCUAUUUACCUGUCCUGCUCGAAGGCUUCAUAGAUCUGUUCGUGAUCCUCGUGACUCUCGACGAGAUCGUCGACGCUCAACCGGCAAUAUUGGACCAGUGGAAGAAGUACAGGAUGCACGUGCGCUCGAUGAUGCACAAUCCGUCGCAGUUUGGCGUCGCCGGGACGAAGCUGGAGACGUUCGAUCAUCUGCUCAAGGAUCUGCAGGAGAAACUGCUGCGAAAGAAUAUGUUUUUGAAGGCGAUCGAGCACGUGAUGGACGUGAACAAGGGCGCGGUCAUGAGCGAGCAGAUCGUCAGUUAUCUGAAGAACAUGAUCACGGAUGUGGAGAGCAAGUCUAACGACUGUGCCGCGUUGAAUAGGAACUGGAUAAGGGCCAACGUCGGCGUCGCUGUGGUGAUAAAGCUGUUCGGCGCUUGCGACAGGAAGCUGAUCAAGAGGGUGACGGAGGCCAACAAGAGAUUCUACGCAGUCACGUUGGUGGGGAACGUGAUGUGGGUGCCGAGCAAGUUCCUCAGCGACGUCGUGCCGAAGGAGACCGGCAACGCCGUGCUGGGCCCGCAACUGGGCGAGAAGAUUCUGCAGGCGAGGACGCAGAGAUUGCCGGUCACGGUGAACAAUUUGAUACAGCGAGGGACGAGCUGGUGCGUGGAGAUGCAGAGCAUCGUCACGAGGACCAAUCUCCAGGUGUCGGACAUUGGGCAAAAGCGUACGCUGCUGACGGACCUGCUGGCACUGCUGUCCCAGAUGCGGGAGAUCGUCGCGUUCGUGACGAAUCUACACGCCUCGCUGUCCAGGCCGAUGAAUCGCGGCACGGUGCAGCUGAUCUGCAGGCUCAUGGAACUGCAGAAGUCCCUGCAGACGAUGUUCUACGCGCUCGGGCCGGUCGUGGUGCAAUCGCAGGCGCAGGUGUUGCAAUAUUUAGCUUACUACAUGCUAGUCAUGCUGGAAACGGCGCGCAAGGCUCUCGUUCAGAGGGACAAGGGUUACAGCAAGGACCGGCUAGACGCGCUAUCGCUGAUAGGGCUGAGUAUGCGGCUGAUAGGCGGUCCAGCGAGCGCGGACAGGCGACUGAUAGUGCGCUGCGCGUUAGCGUGCGCUACCCAGUUGACCGACACCUUCCGCGAGGAGGACGUGGUAAAGCUGCGGUUCCUAUUGGACAGUUACGACGCCGUGGCCGAGUUGUACGAGCUGGUCGACGAGCACGGUGACUACUCGUUGCUGCUGCAUCAUCAGAACAUGUUGCCCGCCUAUCUCUCCUCGGUCGUCGACGGCAAUACCGGCGUCUGUCACAUUGCUCAUCUGUUCGCUGCCUUCAACAGCGCCGUGGGCGAGCAGGAGUUUGCUGAGCUGAGGGUAAAACGCAUCGCGGAACUCCGGGAGAGCCUGGUGAAGAACGUCCUGAAACCGGCCUGCCACGAGAUCGAGACUAGCCUACGACUACACGUGCACGCUCAUCUCAAACUGGACUCUACGAAUCCCUUCAACAUUGGUGCGAAAGACGGCGGCAGGGUGGUGCGAGUCCCGCCGCUGCCACUGGCCGAGAACAUGAUCUGCACGAAGAGAUUCGUCGAGCAUUACCUGAACGAUAUGUUUUACAAUCUGACGACAGUGGCCCUGCACGAUUGGAGAACCUACCGGACGAUGCACGCGUUGGCCAGCUAUAAGAUGGGCCUGGACACGGUGCAGGAUCAUCUGCCGACGCAAACUCUCGAGCAGGGCCUGGACGCUCUAGAGAUUAUGCGCAACAUCCACGUGUUCGUUUCCAGGUACCUAUACAACCUGAACACGCAGACGUUCGUGGAACACAGCAGCGGCAACAAGCAUCUAAACACCAUCGGCAUCCGGCACAUCGCCAACUCAAUUCGCACCCACGGCACCGGUAUCAUGAGCACCACAGUGAACUUCGUCUACCAGUUUCUGCGCGUGAAGCUGCAUACCUUUUCGCAAUUUCUCUUCGACGAGCACAUCAAGUCGCGGCUGAUGCGCGACAUCAGGUUCGUCCGAGCGCAACGGGAAGCGGGCGCCGCUCCAUACACAUACGAACGAGCGGAGAAAUUUCAGAAGGGUAUCCGGAAACUGGGAAUGACCGCCGAUGGGUUGAGCUACCUGGAUCAAUUUCGACAGCUGAUCACGCAGAUCGGCAACGCGCUCGGCUACGUGCGGUUGAUCCGUUCCGGCGGCCUCCACGCUAGCUCGAACGCGGUGUCCUUCCUGCCGGAUAUCGAGAGAACGGUGCCGUUUGAGUCGCUCUGUCGCGGACUGAAUUAUAGCGCCACGACGCAGGCCGCUGCCAGACGGUUGGAGAACGACAUCGACGAUCUGGUGCGCAACUUCACCGAGGGUAUUCAAUACUUCAAGCUACUGGUCGAUGUGUUUGCAUCGGCUUUCCGCGACGCCAAGUCCUAUCAUCUGCAACAGUUCUACGCCAUCGUGCCGCCGCUAACGCUCAGCUUCGUCGACAAUUCCGUAUCCAACAAAGAGAAGAUGUUCAAGAAGAACCAGACCGGCGCGGCUUUCACCGACGACGGCUUCGCCAUGGGUAUCGCCUACAUCAAUGCGUUGCUCGAUCAGAGCUCCGAGCUGGACGGUCUUCAUUGGUUCAAGACGGUGGAGCAGCACGUUGCCCAGGAGAGACUCGCCGCAGAGCGCAAGGAUGAUAACGGUGACGAGAAGCUCCAACAGACCAGGGCGCUCACGCUUCAACGUCUCACCGAGAGAAACGCCGAAUUCCAGUUGUUAUACUAUAGUCUUUCCGGUGCCAGAGUGUUCUUCAAGCAACCCGAUACGUAGCGCAAGACAAUCUGCUCAUUUUGAUAUUUCAAUAUUGUUGCUCUUGAGCACUAAUUAGUUAAGUCGAUUUCAUGAUUAUUGGGAGAGAGAUGGUUAGCACAGAUCUCGACGAUUUAGAUGAAUGUGCAUUUGAAACCAUUUCUUUCCUAAUUGUUGAGUGCGAUUGAAAUUUUGAAUAAAUAUAAUCCCCACAUUCCA